GAUGAAUGAAUCGCCCGCGUGGAAUUUGGCAAAGAAUACAAAGACUGUGUGGGUUGACAAGCGCUACAACUCCUUUAUGAACAUUCCCUCGAAAACACCAGUGCCUUUCCUCGAUGAUACAUCUUCCCAGCAGUGAUUUCCCAAUAUGACGCGUCUUGUCGCGGGUACCGGGACUAUAUAGGCGAGUCAACAAGUGCCUAGCACAUCAACCACACAGUAACUGCUCGUACUUAUAAGUCUCAGAGCCGCCUUCCUUUAUUCUCUUUGUAUAACAGAGCUUCAAUUGGCAACGAUACCUUGAGCUCUCCACCUCCCGUUCAUUCAUUCAUUCUACCUAUUCGUUCUUUCAACCAUACUUGCAAGCCAAGAUGAUGUUUCUUUUCCGCUCGACGUUCAUCACCGCCAUCUCAGCGUUCGUCGUAGCUCUCUGCUUGUUUUCAAUGUCUGCCUCUGCUGUACCACAAUUUGGCCGUCCUAUGCUGCAUGCAUUAGAUGCCGUCACAACACUUUCUGGGUCUGAGGCGAUUCCCACAUCAACAGCUACCAAUACGGGCACGGACCCGGAUCCUGAUCCUCAGGUCGUUGAAGCAACGUCAUCUACAUCUACAUCUACAUCUACAUCUACAUCUACAUCUACAUCUGCGUCGAGUACAGCUGUGACUACACCAACUGCCAGCAGUACCAGUACAAACGGCGCGUCGAGCAGUUUGCGCGGUGGUAUGGGCGUUAUGCUAGGUGUUGCCGUGAGUGGGGUGUGGUUGGCGUUCUGAGCUGUGCAGUUGUUUGUUUAGAUGUUGGCGUUUGAGCCGACGGUGACCCUAGUCUGAUCUCCCUUGAGAAACAUUAUUUAUCUCUGACUCAUACACGCACAGUCGUGCUAUCUCUCCAUC